GGAGAGAGGCCUUGUAGGUACAGACGCUGAGGCUCGGUCGGCUCCGAGGAGGGGCUCCUGCCCGGGUGGGAGUCUGGGGUUCUGCGCCCGCCAACCCGCGCCUUGCCCCCUCCCAGCUCCCGGGCCGACGGAAUGAAGAUCCAGCAAGUUUCCAGCAGUAACAGUCCCUGCUCACACAAGCUCCUUCAGCCACUGCUGCGUGUAUCCCUGUUCAAGUAACACUGAAAUGACCAUUAAGAAGUAGAUGCCCAGAUGCCAAAGUAAUGAAACAGUCAAUUUGUCAUAAAGUAAGAUGCAGCUGUGGCUUUUCAACCAGAUUAGGACAAAAUUGUAUCUAUUUUUCUCAGAAGAGAAUUCCACAAGGUUAAGUCAGCAAACAAAGAAAACAUGGUGUUUUGAAGUAUGAUUAAACUCCUGAUGCUGCAGCAGAGGCUAAGAAUAUUAAUGGCCAGAUCUAGUGCUCACAUGGUCUUCUGAAGAAGCCAUGGGUAGCUGUUGUAGCUGUCCAGAUAAAGACACUGUCCCAGAUAACCAUCGGAACAAGUUUAAGGUCAUUAAUGUGGAUGAUGAUGGGAAUGAGUUAGGUUCUGGCAUAAUGGAACUUACAGACACGGAACUGAUUUUAUACACUCGCAAACGUGACUCGGUAAAAUGGCACUACCUCUGCCUCCGACGCUAUGGCUAUGAUUCGAAUCUCUUUUCUUUUGAAAGUGGUCGAAGGUGUCAAACUGGACAAGGAAUCUUUGCCUUUAAGUGUGCUCGUGCAGAAGAAUUAUUUAAUAUGUUGCAAGAGAUUAUGCAGAAUAAUAGUAUAAAUGUAGUGGAGGAGCCAGUUGUUGAAAGGAAUAAUCAUCAGACAGAAUUGGAAGUCCCCAGAACACCUCGAACACCUACAACUCCAGGGUUUGCUGCUCAGAACUUACCUAAUGGAUAUCCCCGAUACCCCUCAUUUGGAGACGCUUCAUCCCAUCCUUCAAGCAGACAUCCUUCUGUGGGAAGUGCACGCCUGCCUUCAGUAGGUGAAGAGUCUACACAUCCCUUGCUUGUGGCUGAGGAACAAGUACAUACCUAUGUCAACACUACAGGUGUACAAGAAGAACGGAAAAACCGCACAAGUGUGCAUGUCCCAUUGGAGGCGAGGGUUUCUAAUGCUGAAAGCAACACACCAAAAGAAGAACCAAGUAAUAUUGAGGACAGGGACCCUCAGAUUCUUCUUGAACCUGAAGGAGUCAAGUUUGUCUUAGGACCAACCCCAGUUCAAAAGCAAUUAAUGGAAAAAGAGAAACUGGAACAACUUGGAAGAGAUCAAGUCAGCGGAAGUGGCGCGAAUAACACGGAAUGGGACACUGGCUAUGACAGUGAUGAACGAAGAGACGCGCCCUCUGUUAACAAACUGGUGUAUGAAAAUCUAAAUGGGCUAUCUGUCCCCAGUGCCUCAGGGCUCAGGAGAGGUCGUCUGCCGUCCACCAGUACCUCAGAUACCCAGAAUAUCAACAACUCAGCUCAGAGAAGAACUGCAUUGUUAAACUACGAAAAUCUACCGUCUUUGCCUCCUGUUUGGGAAGCCCGCAAGCUAAGUAGGGAUGAAGAUGACAAUUUAGGACCAAAGACCCCAUCUCUAAAUGGCUACCAUAAUAAUCUUGAUCCAAUGCAUAACUAUGUAAAUACAGAGAAUGUAACAGUGCCGGCAAGUGCUCACAAAAUAGAAUAUUCGCGGCGUCGGGACUGUACACCAACAGUCUUUAACUUUGAUAUCAGACGCCCAAGUUUAGAACACAGGCAGCUCAAUUACAUACAGGUUGACUUGGAAGGUGGCAGUGACUCUGACAACCCUCAGACUCCAAAAACGCCUACCACUCCCCUUCCACAGACCCCUACCAGACGCACAGAGCUGUAUGCUGUGAUAGACAUCGAGAGAACUGCUGCUAUGUCAAAUCUGCAGAAAGCACUGCCACGCGACGAUGGUACAUCUAGGAAAACUAGACACAAUAGUACUGAUCUGCCCAUGUGAGCCCAGAAACCAUUACAUUGUUUGCACCUUUGUGAAGUUUUAAAAAAUGAAGACGCAAGUGCUUCAUUUUUAUUUCUAAACACUAACUCCUUUUAUAGACUGAUAAAAAAUUUUUUUCUGACUAUUUCAUGUGCUUCUUUAAAGGGAAUUAAAAUGUAGAGCAGGUACUCAUAAAAGAACACUAAUUUCAUUCUAUACUACUCAUUACUGUACAGCAGCAUUCCCAUUUUCACAGUGCCUAUUUAAAAUGAGAAUUGAAGUGAGUGACAUGCUGGUCAAUUUUUAUUAAGAUUCUGGACUCAUGCAUAUCAUUCAUGUCUAAGUCAUGGUUGGCAUUUAAAGCAUAUUAUAAAGCCUCUUGAUAAUGUGCAUUGCUAACAGAUAACUCUAGGCUUUGAAAGUACUCUUUG